AGCAGAAAUUACAUCAAGCUAAUUGCUCUAACAGUUGGAAGACCAAAGCUAAGUUCUCUUUACUAUUUUAAUAUCUUUUCAAUGUGUUCCGCCAUAAUGUAUUGUGCCACGCUAACCAAUGCAACCAUGUUACUCCUAGUAUCAGAAACAAAUAUCCGUUUUUCUUCUUUUAUCAUAUAUAAGUUUGUUCUUGACCAGAUAGCAUAGCAGCUAACACAGCUAGCAUGUACUCUUGAGCAAAACUAACAGCAUUGAUUUGCAACCUGUUACUCAUGUAAUUACAGUAAUACUAAAUUUAAAUAACAAUUCAAAUAAAUGUAUACAUACUUUCUAUAUUUACCAUUAAGAAUUUACUCAGCUGAGUAUCUGUAACAGGUUUGUGGCAAAGAAAGUUUUGCUGUGAUUGUAUAACAAAUAACCUGAUUGUAAAACUAAACAUAUAACAUAGAGGUUGUGUAUCAGUGGAAUCAGUACAUCAACUUUUUCCAGACUUUUUUUGUUUUACUGUAAAACAAAAAAAGUAUCUGUACUUCUAAAGUACACUGUGUGAAUACUUUAUCCACCUCUGUCAAAGGCGUACUUAGUAUUAGGCAAACACAUGCAAUAAGUAGUCGAGAUGGUAAACUAAAUUAAAUGUUGAUUAUUGUUCUUUUCAAUUACAGUAACCACGUUUAGAUGAUUCAACUAUUACAUAAUCAUGAGAAUGAUUCUAAGGACUUUAUCUAGCUCAGGAAAUAGGAGGAUGUUUUUAAAGUCAGUUUAGUUGAUGAUAAACACUAAUAUUAAAAAUCAAUGCAUUACACGAUUGUGUAUUUAACAUUUUAGCUAAAAUGAGCUUCAGUUUAAACAUAGGGGGCGUUGCUCUAGAUAGAUACGCAAUUCCAACGUCACAUCCGCCCUUCGCAGUUCUGUUUCCCGGCUCUUCUUCUUCUUCUUCUCUCAUUCCAACCCAGUCGGCGUCGCUGAGCGGAUCGGGACGGGACCAACCACGGUGACUACAAAGUAGCGGACACGUCCGGCUUCGAAACCACCGUAGAGCAUUUCCUAAAAGGAGAAUUCUGUACGCGGCAAUCCGUAGCUACAUAACAGGACUACUUUUUCCACCUCCGUUGGGAUUUUUUUUGAGUCGCCAUAAGCUUUUAACUCCACCCGAAGUGAACCCCCCCCCCCCACCUCUCUCUUCUUUCCAAACUCAAAAUGGAGAACGGCGACAACAAAUAUCUCCCAGAGCUGCUGGCGGAAAAGGACAGCCUUGACUCGUCUUUCACACACGCUAUGAAACUUUUAGAAGCAGAAAUCGACAGGGUCCAGAAGGGCGAGUCGAAGAAGGAGCCAGACACAUACCUUGAUCUUUUCACGAACAAGUUCAUCAAACUCAAGGAACGGGUCCUCAUACCUGUGAAACAGUACCCCAAGUUCAACUUUGUGGGCAAGAUCCUGGGACCCCAAGGCAACACCAUCAAACGUCUGCAGGAGGAGACCGGGGCCAAGAUCUCUGUGCUGGGCAAGGGCUCCAUGAGAGACAAAGCUAAGGAGGAGGAGUUGAGGAUCGGCGGUGAGCCAAAGUAUGCCCACCUGUCCAUGGAGUUGCACGUGUUUGUCGAAGUUUUCGCCCCCUUGCCCGAAGCCUACCUGCGUAUGGCCCACGCCAUGGAGGAAGUCAAGAAGUUCCUGUUUCCUGAUGUGACUGACGAUAUCUGCCAAGAGCAGUUCAUGGAGAUGGGCUACCUGAACGGAGGCCAGGAGCACGGGGGCCGAGGAAGAGGCGGCAUGCCAAUUCGGGGACGCGGCGGCCCCCCAGGAGCACACAGGGGAAGGGGUAUGCCCCCUCGCGGCGCAGCUCGGGGAGCUAGAGGUGCAGGAAGGGGCCUUCCCGCCGCCCGAGGAGGGCCAGCCGCUGCCGCCGCCAGGGGAGCUGUGGCGCCUCGUGGUGCCAGGCCGCCCGCCGGCGGGCCACCCCAGAGAAUGCUGCCCCAUCAGCACACUCCUGCCGCAGUCGCAGAAAGCUAUGAGGAAUAUGCCUACGACGAGAGCUACGCCGCUGACCCCACCUACGAGUCAUACGAGAGCUAUUACAGCCAGCAGCCACAGGCAGAGGCAGAAUAUUACGACUAUGGACAUGGAGAGGCUGCAGAGUCAUAUGAAAAUUUUGCCCAAGAUGACUGGAACGGCACCCAGCGAUCAGCUCCGGGCAAAGCCGCGCCUGCGGCCAGAGGUGGUGCCAAGGCGGCCUACAGGCAGCACCCAUACCAACAGUACUGAAGCGUACCCGCCCUCCCCCUUACAGGGUUGCCCUGACGAGCGCCUGUCGACAACGGCAGCUCUCGCUUUAAGCAGCCCGACACAAGAUCUAGGCUUCGUUGUCAUGAAUGACACACUAAUGGCAGUGCAAUGGAGAGGAGGCUUUUAACCUAGACAACUCCACUGUAAAGGCUCUUCUAGGCCUCGCUGAGUGCCAGGAGACCCACACUGCUGGAGGGAGGCCACAUGACCCUCAGUGACACGGCACGCAGGAGGAGCUCGUAAAACGGCCGACGAUCCCUGUCGGCCGGCAAGUGGAGACUAGAGCCAGAUGACGUGGCUCAGGGAGAGGGUCCAAGCUGAGACUGGGAAGGGGACAAAGACCUCAGCUGUCUUGCCCCGGAACCAACAGAGACAAAUAAUGAACAGCAUCCUUUUUAAAAAAUAUAUAUAUUUCCAAAAAAUAUAUAUAUAUUUUUUUAAACAAGUCUAUCCAACUGGUGCUUUCGUUAUGUUUGCUGAUUGGGAACCUCUCUGUUGUCUAAUGCAAUUGUUCCACUUUGAUUUAGUGUCAAAUGAGCAGUCUUCUCUCCCAUAGUGGGGCCGUGAAAUUGUUCCUCGCAGUCUGACAGCACAACUUGGUCACAUCUGAAUUCCAAGUAUUUUUAUGCAGGCUAUUCCACAAAAUGUACUUGCACUGCAAAUAGGAUUUGAAAAUAAUGUGUGAAAAAUUGAAUGGAAUGAGAAAUGUUUUAAUCAAAAUGAUCUGGCAAUAUGACAAUGGGAAAACAACUAGCUCGACUCAAAAGCACCACCAGUUUCUUAAAACUAGUGUAUUUGUAUUACCUACACGUAUAUCAUUAUGGUAUUUCUUGUUUUAAGCUAAAUUUACUCAUAGCCAGUAAUAUAAUUUUUACAGAAAAACGAUUUGACGCAAGUGAAAUGCUCUUACACAAACUGAGCAAAGAGCUUGGCAGACAAAGAAAUAAAAUUUUGCCUUGA